AUGGCGGCCGAGGCACUCAUUUCCGUGCUUCUUGACCAAUUGGGUUCAAUAACUUAUGAACGCAUGAGAGGAAAGGUGAGAUUGAUUUUGGAUGUAGAGAACGAAGUUGCGGAGUUCACCAGCAAUCUCAAAGCAAUUCAAGCUGUACUUAAGGACGCAGAGAAGAGGCAAGUCAAGGAAGCUGUGGUGCAAGAUUGGUUAGACAAGCUCAAACAAGUGUCGUACGAGAUGGACAACGUGCUUGAUGAGUGGAACACUGAAUCUCUAAAACAACAACUCGAGAACCAAGAAAAUGAAGGUGAGGAAGCUCUUGUUAAUAAGGAGGAAAAGGUGCGUUUCUCUAUUCCCUCUCCUUGCUUUUGCUUUGGCCAAGUCGGUCGGGUUAAAGUUCAUCAUGGCAUUGCUCUGAAAAUAAAACAACUGAAUAGUAGGCUAACUUUGAUUGCUGAGGAAAGGCAGAGGUACCAGUUUCAAUCCACAACAACUGGUGGCAUUGAACAAUUACCUGAACGACCAAAGAGUUCAUCUCAGGUCGAUGUAUCUGAGAUAUUUGGUAGGGAAGAUGAAAAUGAUACCUUGAUUAGCAUGUUGUUGGGCAAGACCACCCUUGCACAACUAGCCUACAACAAUGAAGAUGUCAAAGCCCAUUUUGAGAAGAGAAAGUGGGUUUGUGUCUCAGAUCCUUUUGAUACGAUCAAGAUUGCCAACACCAUCAUUGAUAAGAAUGAUACCCCAACUUCAGAUGAGUUGGAUGCCUUCAUGCAAUCCGUGUCUAAAUCUGUUGAGGGAAAGAGGUUUCUUCUGGUCCUAGAUGACGUGUGGACUGAAGAUGAUACAAAGUGGAAACCAUUAAUGUUAGCUUUAAUGUCUGGUGCUGAAGGCAGUAGAAUAUUAGUGACCACACGAAACGAAGCAGUUGCUCGUAUGAUGAGAGCAAGCACUCAAAUGGUCCAUUUGGAAAAUUUGAGUGAUCAACAUUGUUUCUCAUUAUUCUAUCACCUUGCAUUUUUUAAUAGGGAAAAAGACAAGUCUGAUUUGUUUGAAGCUAUUGGUAAGGAAAUUGUUAAGAAGUGUAAGGGUUCGCCACUUGCUGCAAAGACUUUAGGUAGUCUUAUGUGGAAUAAGAAAACAACGAAAGAAUGGCGUGAUGUUUUGGAUAGUGAAAUAUGGGAUUUAGAAGAGGUUGAGCAGAAAGUUUUUCCUCUGUUAUUACUAAGUUAUUAUGAUUUGACAUCAGAAAUCAAGCGUUGUCUUCUAUUCUGUGCAAGUUUUCCACAAGAUUAUUUGUUCUAUAAAGACACAUUGAUUGAGUUGUGGAUGUCACAGAAUUAUCUCAAUUCAAAAAGAAACAAGGAGAGGAGAACCAUAGGUCAAAACUAUUUUGAUGACUUAGUGGCGCGAUCCUUCUUUCAAGACUUCGAAUAUGAUAAUAAAGGAAAUAUUGAAUUUUGCGAGAUGCAUGAUAUUGUGCAUGAGUUUGUAAAGUUUCUUGCCCGGAAUGAAUCUUGGAUUAUUGAGGCUAAUGGUGCUAACCGAUCAACAGAGCUCUCAAUUGAUAAGGUGUGCCAUUUAUCUCUAGUGUCAGCAGUUGGUCAAUUUUCAGUUCCUAAUUCAUUUCACAAAUGCACAAAUUUGCAAACCCUCGCAACUUUUCAUUCAGAAAUCACAACAAUAGGUGGGGAUUUACUUUUGCAAUUGAAAUGUCUUAGGACGUUAAAUUUGAGUGGUAACGAGGUCCAUGAACUUCCCAAAGAGAUUGGUGAACUGUUACAUUUGAGGUAUAUUGAUUUGUCUUGUAAUCACAGUCUAGAGGAAUUACCUGACACCAUGUGUAAUUUGUUCAAUCUAGAAACCUUGCGCAUUGAGUAUUGCAGAUCACUUACAAAACUGCCCAAGGCUAUGGGAAAGUUGAUGAACUUAAAGCAUCUUUAUGUUGCUGGUUGUUAUUCGCUAAAGUACUUACCGAAAGGGAUUGGGAGAAUAAGAGGUCUACGUAUACUAGAUACGUUCGAUGUUGUCUGUGGUGGUGGUGAUGACGACGACAACAAUGAAAUAUUGAAGUUGGGAGAUCUGGGAAUCUUUGACCUGGUUCAGGGCAAGAUUGUAAUUGCAGAGUUGGGGGAAGUGAUUGAUGCUAGUGAGGCUCAGAAAGCACAACUGGAGAAGAAGAAACACCUCCUUGAUUUGGAAUUACAUUAUCGCGGAGGAGGAGAGGAGCGCCGAGGAAAAAGCGAUGUAGAGGUACCGAAUGCCUUGCAACCACAUCAAAAUUUGGAAGAUUUGAGGAUUUCCUACUAUAAAGGCACCACGGUGUCUCCGAAAUGGUUGAUGUCUUUACACCAUUUGAGAUUUCUUACUCUUGAGUUUUGCCUUAAUUGUGAAUGUUUGCCUCCUCUCGGGAGAUUGCAAUCUCUUGAAGUUCUGAGAAUAGAAGGCAUGAGAGUGGAAAGGGUUGGAAUUGAAUUCUUGGGUAUAGAAGAAACUCAAACAUCACCUGUUACCGCUUUCCCAAAAUUGGAAAAACUCUUCUUUCGGUCGACGUUGGGGUGGAAAGAGUGGGAAGGAGUGCAAGGUUUCAUGGAAGAAGAUUGCCAAGUUACAAUAAUGCCGCAUCUUUCUAACCUACACAUCGAGUCAGCAAGCCUAAAACAACUGCCAGACUUCCUGCAGAAUAGACCACACCUCAAUUUGAAGUGGUUACCAAUUUGAAGGGACGCUCUUCUUUUAGGGUCGCUUUUCUUUUUAAAGACGCGGCCGGUCGUAGAUGCAGAAGGAGCUCUGCCAAUCUAGUCCAACGGUCUCUUCUGGGGCAAGCACCCUUUUGGGUGCUCAAACCACAAUGAAGCAAAAAGGAUCAAUAAGUAGUGUUUUCAAAGGCGAAAUUGAGGCAUGCCCCAGUGUGAGGCCAUUGGAAGUUGCCUCGGAGCGGUGCAACAUGCAGUCUAGGGAUCGUGCUGGCAGAAAAUGCUUCAAGUAGAUGAAGCCCGAUGUAUCAAGGUUGUGAGCUUAAAUUGAGACACAAGAUUCCUAUUUUGUGUUAAAUAUUCAAUUUCAGUCGAUCAAUCCCUCCCUAUGAUGUUCCAUAACAUAGGACCUCUACCAAAUCUCAUCCUCUCUUCUUCUG